UCAUAAUUAAUAAACUGGACCGAAACACAGCGGAAAUGGUGGCUCUUCGUUCCGAAAUUGGCUCCAUUAAGGCGAAGGUUUGUGGUGAGAUCCGCAAACCCAAAGUAGUUCUGCCUUGCCCACCGCUCACAACCAUAGAAGAAUUGGAUCAUUUCGAGCAUAGCUUGCAGGAAGAAAGUUUCUUCAAAAAUGUGAUCGCAGAGUUAAUGAUGUCGGGCGAGAAAGCAUUCGACAAAUGGAUUCGGAGUUCUUGGCGUUCAAUUGUGUCCGACGAGGUCGCACGACAGUGCUCUUGGCGGGGCACAGAGGAGAAAAAGUGCAUUAGGGGCUUGCGGGUUACUCUAGCCAUCCGUACGGGAUUUAAGGAAAGAUUUUCGUUAGAAGACGCCGAUUUCGACCGAAUCACGCAAAAAUUUUUCCAGUACGCCCAGGACAGAGUAUGA